GAUGAAGCGCCUUCGACUCCUGUACGACAGCCUUCGGAAGGAGUUAUCGAACUCGGGUUAAGAAAUAGCACAGUUUCUUUCCAGCUCGCUCAUGUACUUCUCUAAACCUUGAUCUCACCUUUGUGAAUGCAUCGAUGUUGAAUGAUCCAGUCUUUUCCCAUUGAUUAUGAUACUCGAGUCUUGAGCGCGUGAAUCUUUCUUCGAUUUUCGUCAUCUCUUCCGUGCUCUAAUCAGAGUCCAUGUUCAAGAGAAGAAUUCUAGUUUGCAUGCUCUGAUGGGAGUGGAGUAUUAUGCUUCCCAUGCUCGAGGGGAGCAUGCGCAAUGCCAGACAUUGCGCAUGCUCCCUCGGCCCUUUCUUCAGCUUUCAAUGAUGAAAAGCAAGCAGAGGCGGCAGCGGAGCCGAUAGUAUUUCUUUGCUCGAGAAUGUCCGCCUGGCUUUUGGAAUUUUUUUCCGCUUCGUGUAGUAGUAGUAGUUCUGCGUGAUGGCACUCGGCGGUAUGUAUCAUCAUGAGCUCGUCUUCUUCGGGUCGCGUCGUGGUUUGCUCGUCAAUCAGUUCGUUAAGUCAGUGAAUUGCAACCUCAUUCCAUUGGUGUAUGGAAUGAGGUUGCAACUCCGGGGACCCAACUCAGGACAGAAGCCGCUUCGGGAAGUACCCGGCGACGUAUCAGGAGGUAGUCAGUGGACUCAAUUCUGUACAUUUGUAUUGAUUACGAGCCACCAGCGGUGCCACCUCCGGCCCUCAAGUCGACCGUCGUCACAGGCUCCUCGCGCCCCACAACCUCCUGGGGCGUCUCGAAGUCUGACAUUUCUCGAUCGACUCUUUAACGCCACUUCUACGGGAACCGAAUAACUUUUAACUGGCAGUAGAGGAGGGGUUUAUGCUGGUAAUGCGUUGAUGAUGCUUGAGCACGAGCAUAGAUUCCGGUGAGGAGCUCUGUCAAUUGCAAUUUAUAUGCUGCCGAUUCCAGUUCGUUUGUUCAGUUUCUUUCAUGCGACCGCAGUCUGCUUGCGAAAUUGGAAUUCAAGAGGAUCUUUGUGUUGUGAAUUUUCACAAGACCGAAAUCCUCUUAUUUCCAGAAACUUGGAGCGACGUUGUGUUUGUUGUAUCCGUAAGAUAAUCUGAGAUGAGUACCUAAGUUCGCUGGUUAUGAUCCGUAGGAAGGUUUGCUUCGCUAUUUGCCUAAGAAGCAACCACUGGAAGGACUUUCUCCUGUGGCAAGUUAUGUAUUAUUUGGGACGGCGUGCCCAGUAUUUAUUUGGACCAGAUCAGAGUCCAGACGCCAUCAUAGUCGCAGGCGUUCGCGAUCACUACCAAUGCAAGAUCGUUUGAACUCAAGUCUAGGUUGGACCUCACAUAUUCCGGACGAAAGCUAGACUUGAGUUCAGACGAUUUUGCUUUAGUCAUGUAGUGAUCUAAUUCCCAAUGAGGAAAGACACAUGGCAUGCUCCCUGGCGACAAAGCUAAUGGGGUCCAACCACCUCAGACGCACUAAAAGUGCAAGGGUGUCACCAGGUGUCUUUUCU